UGCGUUUGCUGCUGGCCAGACUCGGAUGCCACAACGGUGCCAGCUACAGCAGAAGAACUGCAACAAGAGUUGGUGACACCAAGGGCCAAGAUCAAGAGAUCAGAUGCGGCUGCAGAUGUCAAGAAUGUCUCGGCACCGAAGCUAGACCGACGGGUGCAAAGUCAGGCCAUCCUUGACCCUCUGCCAAAGGAAGUGGAACCUGCACAUGCUCCACGUCCAACAGCUGCAAAGGCCAAACCCCAGCCCCAAAUUCCCAAGACUGAGGAGGCUGAGGUGGCAGUGAAAUCAGAACAGCUCUUGUCACUGUCACUUCCUGCUGACUUGCCACCUGAUGUUGCUGAUGCAGUGCGUGCAUGUUUGGCACGUAAGUCCACUGAAGAGUUGGCGGCUGUAUCCCCGGAACCUUCCCCGGCUGUCACACCAGGGCUUGUCACACCCAAGGCCACCAAUGUUGGCAAGGCCACCAAUGGUGACAAAGCCAUCCAGCAGCUACAGGAGCCAGCGCCAUCUGAUGAACCAGAUGCUGAGGACCUUGUGCGCGAGAAGGAGGAGCUUCGAAAGAAAGAGCUUCUAGUGAAGGCAAGAAAAGAGCAUCACGCUCGAUUCAUGCGCCCCUUCACGCCGCUGGAAAUUCGGCGUGCAGGGAGGGCGGCGCACCGGGACUCUGCAAAAUUGCAGAUCUUGAUGGAGCAAUGGGCCAGCGCCAAUGGCGUCUGGUCCCAAAGCGAGUUUUACCUCCAGGUAAAGCAAAAAAGGAAGCAUCGCUCCUAUGGCAGCCGACGCUGGCUAACGAGAGGAGAGUUGCUGCAAAAAUACGGCGAUAGUGCAGUGGUCGAUGCAAUCAUUGCAGCCAAGAUGGCUGAUCCGGAGGCUAGCAAAUCUCAGGAGACUCGGCAAUACUUGGUGUGGGACAAGGAAGGCGAAGAAGACACGAUGGAUGAUGUCACCACACAGUUGUUUGAAGCUGCUGAUGCAGCUGAGGACGAGGAACCAACCAAGAAGACCAAGAAGGCUUCAGGCAAGUCAGGGAAGAAGCAGAAGGCAUCACACAAGAAGAAGAAGCAGGCUAAGAAGGGAGGCAAGAAGAAGAAAGCUAAGAAGUCUUCAUCUUCGUCUACUCAAAGCAGUUCAAGCAGCAGCGCUUCCAAUGAUUCUUCGGAUGAACCUGAUGAUGCCAAGACCAAGAAACCUGCUACCAAGAGGAAGGGUUCUGGCACUGGUGAUGAGAACCAAGAUCGGGCAGAUGCAGGGAAGAAACUAACAGAAGAACAGAAGAGAAAGAAGGCGGAGAAGGAAGCAGACAAGAAGAGGAAAGAGGAGGAGAGAAAGAGGGAGCAGGAGAAAAGGAAGGCUGAGAAGGAGAAGGAAGACAAGUUGAAGAAGGAACAGCGGAGUGCAAAUCAGGUCAUCACCAAGCUUGGAUCCAACAUCCAGAGAGGGACCAGCCUUGACGACAAGCUCUCGAAGAUGAGUGACACCAUCAAAAGGGCAGUUCUGGCAGAAGUGCAGCCACACCUCAAGGACCUUCGAGAAGCCCGGAAGAAAUUGGAGAAAUCUAUUGAUGAAUCCAAGGAGGUCGAGAGUAUAAAAAUCCCAGUUGUGGACAAAAAGAGCCCUCGAGGCCUGAGGGUGCAAUCAUUCCCGAUACUACACCCUCAUCGGGUGCUGAGCUUCCUCUUCAACGACGCAGGGAUUGAGAUCGACCCGGCCAAAGUCCAGGAAUACUGGCAUCACGCUAGAUCAGUAGGAGAUCCCUGGUCAAUAUCAAGUCCAGCAAGCAGCAGUCACAUUCCUAUUGGAUUGCAUGGUGACGGUGCACGGCUUUGGACUGUCUAUAAAGUUGAAAAACACCUGGCUAUCUCAAUGAACCUAGUGCUUUUCAGGCCCCGAAGUACUCGCCACAGUAGAUUUGUAUUAUUUUCAAUUCCAGUUGACAAGAUGUACAAGAAUCGCACCUUGAACAAGGUUUGGGAACGGCUGACAUGGUCACUGAACUGGGCCUUUGUGGGUUGCAACCCGCGUAGUGGUGUUGGUGGCUGGGACUUGCAUGGUGCUGAUGCUAGUCGAGCAGGCCAGCCACUAACCCGUACAGGUCUCCAGUUUGCAGUAACUGAAAUUCGUGGUGACUGGGAAUUCCACAGAGAUUGUUGGAGAUUCAGUUGCAGCUGGCUUUCAAGCGGCCCUAUGUGUUUCCGAUGUCCCGCAGUUUCGAGGGGCAAUACAUCAUAUCUCUACUACAACAACGAUGCUGCAACAUGUGCCUGGCAUUCUGAAGCGUUUGACCUGCAGCAGUUUAUAGCCAGACGACUGAAAGAGAGACAACUGUGUCCGUUGCUGAAGCUGAAUGGAUUCCACCCUGGAGUCAUUCGUUGGUGCACCAUGCAUGCCAUAAACCUUGGCAUUCUGUUUACAGCCAAUGCAGCAUCAGUGAUUCUGUUGUGCGAGGAGCUGUCUUUUUUUGGGCCACCGCCCUUUGCAGGGCAAUUGGAUUCAGCCUACAAAGACUUCUUGGCGUAUUGCAAAUCCCAUGGGAUUCGUCACUCGCAACCUCCUUUUGUACCCAAAAUGGUGCUUUUGGCAAAUAGAAUCAGCAGCGUUUGUUUUGAAUGCUAUCAUGAUAUUGCCCUAUUGUCCAUCAAACAAAAGCGCUUUGGGCUUGAGGUCUGGGUCCACCACAACAAGUUGUUGGGUGCUGGUUGGUGCUAUAGAUGGAUUGGUUGUGGGAUGCGGUGGGCAUCUACAAUCAAUGUUGGCUUGCUAGGGGCAUCCUCAAACAUGCAUGAUGUUGGGCCAAUAGAACAUAAACACAUAAACAUCCCAGCAUCACCAGACAUCGUCCCAAGGUCAAGAAGAAGAAUGGCCAGAACCUGUUCACUGCAAAAGCCUUCAAUGGCCGCUGCAUCCUGA